AUGACUCACUCUGAGAUGAGUAAUCUAGACGUGGACAGUCUCGCAACUAUCUUCUCCUUUCUAACUCCCGCGCAGAUUUGCCGCUUGGCUCACGUGUCUCGCACGUGGGCGGCAGCAGCGGCGUCUGACGUCAGCUGGGGCCGUCUCCUCCCUCCUCUAUGCGCCUCGACUUGCUUUCAGAAGGCUCUCGAGGCGCAUCGCGUUGCGAUGGGCGACAUUGAGCUCCCCUUCUCGCUUCGGCCGGGCGCGUACGAGGCGGAGUGGCGCAUUGCGCGCGACCCCGCGGAGGGGGAGCGGAAGGAGGCGGAGGAGCGGCUGGUGCGAGAAGCUGAGUGGGCGGAGAGCGCGGAGGCGGAAGCUUGGCGGGAUUUGGGGUUGGGGGGAGUCAGGGGGGAUGUCGUGUGCGGAAAGGGGAGGGGAAAGGGGAAGGGGCGGAAAGGAAGAAGAACGGCUAAACCCGCGGAUCUGUGGGACGCUCUGCGCGCCAUCAGGGGGAUUGGGCGGAGGGGGGCAAGCGCGCAAAGUACAGGCGGCUGGGCCUUGGGAACCGGGGCGUCGAAUGGGGGCACGAAAUUGAAUUCAGGGGCGACGGGUGCUGGUUUUGUGAAGGACGAGCUUGAGGAGGAGAUGGAUGACGUGGCAGCGAAGCUGGCGUUUUGGCGAAGCACUCAACAGCGAAGCGCUUUUAAGUGCUGGGAGGAGUGGCCACUUACGAGCGGGGCGCAGGUGGUAAUCGGGGCAGCGGAGGAGCGGAGGGAGAACGAGAGGGUGGGGGAAGUCGAUCACAUGAGGCCCUGA